GCGAGAGCUCCAACGUCGCGCGAUUGUGAUUGUCGACUUGAGCAAACCCCGUUCAGGCGCACCCUGCCCACCCACAUUUCGCCAUUGACACCGCUCGCCGCCCCCUUACGGCCAGAUCGAAACUAUGGGUUUCUGGGACACCAUAACCGACCUCGUCGAGGCCGCCACCCCUUGGGCGACGGCCGACGCCGAGGCCCCCGCGAAGGAGCUGCCCGAGGAGACCACUACCGAGUCCACCAAGGAGGAGGAGAGCACCAAGUCCGAGACCGAGACCGCUGCUGCCGCAGAGGAGCCCGCUGCCGAGGAAGAGCCGGCUGCUGAGGAGGAGGCGGAGGAAGAGGCGGAGGAAGAAGAGGAGGAGGAGGAGGAGGAGGAGCCGGUCGACCCCAAGGAAGAGAUCGAAGAAGCGUGCCGGAAUUCUAAGCAAUGCUCACCCGCCAAGCAUCACUUUGACGAGUGCGUCGAGCGUGUCACCAGCGCCGAGUCCGAAGGUGGUGCGAAGGAGGACUGCGUUGAGGAGUUCUUCCACCUCGCCCACUGCGCCACCCAGUGCGCCGCUCCCAAGCUCUGGUCCGUCCUCAAAUAAAUCAACCACCACGUCUCCACGAUCUGGUCGUCUCGCGAUUUGACGACGGCCAGAGCCAACGGCCCCUCAGGAUACAGUUGAAGCGUUUUCUCGUUGCCCAGAUGGCUUCUAUAGAAGGGAGGAUGUUCCUAUAGACGAAGUUGAGGGCGUUGGCUGGCUGGCUUGGUUGUCUGAGAGCGGACAGGGUCAACACACAUCGUGCGACGGGAUAUUCUACAGGAC